UUCUUCUAGAAGAAGUACAAGUACGAGUUUUGGGAAAUGUUCAAAGUCAAAUCAUCAACUUCGUUACUGGUAGCUUCUGCAGGAGUACACUGCUGCUACCACCAGAACCGCCAUCAUCAGCGCCACCACUAGGAAUCUUCAGUUGUGGGAGGCAUGCCGACACUUGCCGACAGCUGCUCUGCGCGCAGCCUGAAGAAGGGCGGAAGUUGGCUCCCUCAA